AUUCACAAGUCCAGUCUUGGGCACAUCUAGUUUUAAAGCUGUAGCAAACUCACUCAGAAAUUAGGCUUGACGCUUAAUUUGGGGGAAGGAAGAGAGGUGGCCGCGGGCCCGGAGGAGGGGCACUUGGGCGCGGCUCCUCUGAGGAUUACGGCGGAGGCCGUGGACCGCGGCUCCGCGGGCUGAGGCUGCAGCCAUUGCACAGAAGAGCAGAAGAGCAUCCCACAUUCAACAGGAGGAACCCGCGGGAGAGCAGCUCCGACCCCCGAGCCGCAGCCCGUGUGCCCCGCGCCCCCACGCGCCAUGGCCAAGGAAGGCGUGGAGAAGGCGGAAGAGACGGAGCAAAUGAUCGAGAAGGAAGCGAGCAAGGAGCCCGCGGAGGGCGGCAGCGGCGACUCGCACCGCCUCGGGGAUGCCCAGGAGAUGCGCGCCGUGGUGCUGGCUGGCUUCGGGGGGCUCAACAAGCUACGGCUGUCCAGGAAGGCCAUGCCCGAGCCGCAGGAAGGCGAGCUCAAGAUCCGCGUCAAAGCCUGUGGCUUGAACUUCAUUGACCUGAUGGUGCGGCAAGGGAAUAUUGACAACCCUCCCAAGACUCCCCUGGUGCCAGGAUUCGAAUGUUCUGGGAUUGUUGAAGCUGUAGGGGACAGCGUGAAAGGAUAUGAGAUUGGGGACCGUGUCAUGGCAUUUGUCAAUUACAAUGCCUGGGCAGAAGUGGUCUGCACACCGGUGGAGUUUGUCUACAAGAUCCCAGAUGACAUGAGUUUCUCUGAGGCUGCUGCAUUCCCAAUGAACUUCGUCACAGCCUAUAUGAUGCUCUUUGAAGUUGCCAACCUCCGGGAAGGGAUGUCUGUGCUUGUGCAUUCAGCUGGUGGUGGAGUGGGCCAAGCUGUGGCUCAGCUGUGUUCCACAGUCCCCAAUGUGACCAUCUUUGGAACAGCUUCUACUUUCAAGCAUGAAGCAAUCAAAGACUCCGUGACCCAUCUCUUUGACAGAAAUGCAGACUAUGUACAAGAAGUGAAAAGGAUCUCUGCUGACGGCGUGGACAUUGUUUUGGACUGCUUGUGUGGGGACAACACUGGCAAGGGCCUCAGUCUUCUCAAACCCCUGGGGACUUAUAUUCUAUACGGUUCAUCCAACAUGGUAACAGGAGAGACCAAGAGCUUCUUUAGCUUUGCAAAAUCAUGGUGGCAGGUGGAAAAAGUCAACCCCAUCAAGCUGUACGAAGAAAACAAAGUGAUUGCCGGGUUUUCCCUUCUCAAUCUGCUCUUCAAACAGGGCCGUGCGGGCCUCGUUCGAGGUGUGGUGGACAAACUCAUAGGGCUGUACAACCAGAAGAAGAUAAAGCCCGUGGUGGACUCCUUGUGGGCCCUGGAGGAGGUGAAGGAGGCCAUGCAGCGCAUCCAUGAUCGAGGGAAUAUCGGGAAGUUAAUUCUGGAUGUAGAAAAAACCCCGACCCCACUGAUGGCUAACGACAGCACAGAGACCAGCGAGGCCGGGGAGGAGGAGGAAGACCACGAAGGCGACAGUGAGAACAAAGAGCGGAUGCCCUUUAUCCAGUAAGCCUGACCUGAGAUCGGCGAGCGUGCAGGACGGUUGGGAGGAAGACGACCAGCUGCGAGAACUCUUCUGUGUCCCGGUGAACAAAUGCCGUAGUCCAGUGUGUGUCGUGUUGUCUGCAGUCAGCUGAGCUGAGAAGCUGUUGAUCACUGUUGUGUUUUGGAUUUAAGUGCCAAUCCCACCCCAUGCAGUAUUAUGUCCCUUCCUGGUCUGUGCAUCACACUCUCCCUUGUACUAAACCCAUAAAUCUCUGGGUCCUUCUCGACAGUUCUAGAAAAGCCUUGCAAAUUAAUAUAAGCCCACAGGCCCAAGGCCUAAGAGACCAGUCGUGGGCAAGGCCAAAUUUAGGUUGACAAGUAUUGUCACAGGGCACUAUCCAUGUCCUCACUUUCUUCAGGCCAAUGACACUCUGCCAGCAACCAGCCAUGCCUUUGACUAAGGAGUUGCCAGUAUGGCUGACGGCAAGAGGAUAGGCCAGGAGGAGUAUUCCCUUAAACACAGCAGUCUCCAAAUUGUACUUUUUCUCUCCCUUUAAGAGGCAACCUCCCUGCUUUUGUCCCUUUGUGUUAAAGUUUGAGCCUCUCUCAAGCCCUCUGGUACUGGAUAUUUCCAAGUUCUUACUUUAGAAAGUAAAGUGAGGAUUGUUCAGGAUAGAAAUGGGCCAGGAGCAUGUGUCAGCCACAGAGAUCUCUCCUCUGAAGCUAUAUUUCAUAAGCCAAUCCUGUUGCCAUAUAUAUGUUUUAUUUCAUUCUUAAGAAAACCCAUGCACAAGUAACUCAGACAACAUCUCUGAAACUCACCUUCCUUUGAAUCUUGGCUACGAACAUUACAAUUUCCCACCAAACAACCAUCUUACCCCAAGGAAGAGAUCCUUUGCAGACUAUGUUAGGGAGAAAAAAAAAUUUUUUUUUUAAAUCCCAGAAUAUCUUUCAUCUUGCCAAAGCAUAUUCCAACAUGUAUGAAAACUAGGGAUCUGAGGCCAAAUGCACACUCUCCCCGCUCACACACAUACAAACCCAUGGUGCUGGCUUGGCAGGGCUCCAUUUGGAACUCAAGGACCAAACUGCUUGAUCGCUCCUAACAAACACCCCCACUUUGUCUGAUGGCUUGAGAAGUGGAUGAGUCUCGGUGUCUCCAACAUGGGGGCGCCUCAUUUUUUCCUCUGCUAUAGCCCCAAAACUUCCUGUCCAUGGUGGAAGACCUAAGAGGCUUUCCUUGUGGUUGGCACUCCACGUUGCUUUGCUCCUUGGGGAAGACGGGAGAGGAAAGAUUCCUUCAUUGUACAGCUCCUCCACAAACAAGCGUUGUGGGGGACCCAGCUCUCCCCUGGUGGGACGGGAAUGAUUUCAUUUCCUGCUUGAUUCCCGUCGCUCUGUGGUAACAAAUGUCGCCUCAUUCAUGGUGUUGUGUUUUUCUUCUUCUCCCUGUCCUCAGCUUGUGAUGACUUAUUGAUGACAAAUACUCUUUUUCUAAAGAGAGUCUCUCCUUGUCCUGAAUGUGCAUGCAAAAUAGGAAGAUGAGAAAGGGUGUCGCCAGCCAGUGAGCUAAGGGGAGUGGUCUCCCCAAAGAGGGAGCCAACCACAGAAUUUUCUUUCCUUAGAACCAACUAGCAUUCCAGUUCUAGAAUAUUCAGAGAGAUAACGGGACACCUACUACCCAGCAUCUUUGCUAACCACUUUCAAGGGUGUGUACCUUAUGGACCACUCUCCAAGCGCUGUCCCUGAUGAGCAGCGGUAGCCCGCUAGUGGAGCUAGGAGCCAAGGGUCCUUCUCCAGGGGACGGGGAACCUGACCAAUGUUCAGAAUUUAGAUGGCCCUGGUCCUGGCCAAUAGAGAAGCAUGUAAUGUCAUCCCUCCCCAAAAUCUUUUUUUUUUUUUUAACCAACAGAAUUAAUCCAGCAAUCACAGGCAUGUCUGUUGGCUAAACCCCUCUCCUCUCAGAAUACAGAAUGAGAACACUAGAGUAUAACCAACAUCCCCAUGGAGAACAGGAGCGCGGGUGAAGGACAUGUGCACCGGUUAGUCAUCCCCUGGGCUCUCCGGUGGAGCACCUUCUUUCCUGUCUUGUGGCUGUUUGCUGAAAGAAGUGUCAAGAGUGUCUCAGUUUGCCUUAAAGGAACUGUGAAGGCUUCUCUGUAAGUUAAGCUUUAUGGGAGUACACUGAAACAUUGUCCAAUGUGUUUGUGGCUUCAGAGCUUUUGUUAUAUUGUGCCUAAAAAGCAAAUUAUGUUUACAUAAAAAUAUAAAUAAAGUAUUCAGCAUAGCAUAA